GUUGUUGUUAUUUUGCCAAACCAUUGGACUUUCUGGAGCACACCGGGGAGUGAGAGAGCAGAGUGCCCGCUGCUUCUUGGCAAUGGAUGUCCCAGCAGCAGAGCAGACUCGCUGGGUCAGUAAUCACCUUCACCCGGCCGUACUCAAUGGACAGCACCACGAUAGCCAUCACCCACUCAGCCACUCGUAUGUGGAACACUCCCAGUACCCUCUGUCCGAGGAAGUGGAUGUACUCUUUAACAUCGAUGGCCAAGGAAACCAUGUGCCCUCUUUCUAUGGCAACUCCAUGAGACCAGUCCAGAGGUACACAGCGACCCACCACAGUCAAGUGUGCCGCACCCCAAUUCUGCACCCCUGGUUGGAUCAUAGCAACAAGACCAUAGGAGGACCUCAUGCAGCAUCCCCAUGGAACCUGCCUCCCUUUUCCAAGACACACAGCCCCUCUGGACCUCUAACCGUGUACCCUCCAGCGUCAUCUUCAUCCCUGGUUACUGGACAUUCCAGUCCCCACCUGUUCACCUUCCCUCCAACUCCACCUAAAGAUGUCUCUCCGGACCCUUCCAUUUCCACCACCGGCUCCAGCGCUUCUAGCCGCCAGGAGGACAAGGAGUGUGUCAAGUACCAUGUGUCCCCCGACUCCAUGAAACUAGAAUCCUCUCACCACAGAUCAUUGGGGGGAGUCCCCCCUUCAGCCCACCACGCCAUCUCCAACUAUCAGUCCUAUGAGUACGGCGCUGGCCUCUUCCCAUCCAACAUCAUUGGGGGAUCGCCUACAAGCUUUCCCUGCAAGUCAAGGCCCAAAGCACGAUCGAGUACAGAAGGCAGGGAGUGUGUAAACUGUGGAGCAACCUCAACCCCUUUGUGGAGACGAGAUGGCACUGGACAUUACCUUUGUAAUGCAUGUGGACUCUAUCAUAAAAUGAACGGCCAGAAUCGACCCCUCAUUAAACCUAAAAGAAGGCUGUCUGCAGCUAGGAGAGCAGGUACGUCUUGUGCAAACUGUCAAACUACCACCACCACACUGUGGAGGAGAAAUGCCAAUGGCGAUCCCGUGUGUAAUGCCUGUGGGCUCUAUUACAAGCUGCACAAUAUUAACAGACCCUUGACUAUGAAGAAGGAAGGAAUCCAGACAAGAAACCGAAAAAUGUCGAGCAAGUCAAAAAAGAGCAAAAAGAUCCAUGAUGUCCUCGACGAUUAUCCCAAGAGCAGCUCGUUCAGCCCUGCUGCCCUCUCCAGGCACAUGUCCUCCCUCAGCCACAUUUCACAUUUUAGUCACCCUGGCCACAUGCUGACCACGCCGACACCAAUGCAUCCAUCAUCUGGUCUCUCUUUUGGACCUCACCAUUCCAGUAUGGUAACUGCCAUGGGUUAGACUUUACUGUUUGUAACUUGCAUCCCUUUUAGGACUUUCCUCUAUAUUUUGAAUUUUUUUUGGAAAGUGAUGACCCUCUAAAAUAUGAAAAAGAAAAUUGUUAUUUAAAUGCCUACACACAGUAGCGCAUACAACUUUGAAAGGAACUCACUGUGGCAUCUACGCAUUCUUGACCACUGAAUCUGGAUCCCAUUUGUGAAUAAGCCAUUGAAACCGUGACUCCCUCUUGAUAAGGGUUUCUAGUGCUGUGAACAAAAUGACAAACAUUACAAAAAAAAGAAC